AUGGCUCUGAAGACCGCUGGACAGUGCCCAAGACGCCUAGAAACCUCUAUUCUCUGGGAUAUGCUAGACUGGGAUCCAUGGCACCUUCGGGCUCAAGACCUAAACGAGGACAUGCUUCAUCGUCUCCUUGAAAUGAACAUUGAAGAUCUCGACACCCCCGGCGAUAGUUCUCCGUGUACCGCUAUUCUUAGACCAAAAAUGUCUAAAUCACAAAUAAAUACGAAAUCCAGCACGUAUCUUAAGGAUAAGGAGGCAUUUCUAAAGGAAUUGAAGCAAUUCAACGACAGCAAGGGCAUACCAUUUAAGACUCCUUCAGUAAAUGGCAUUGAUAUAGACUUAUAUCUGUUCUAUACACUGGUACAGCAGCGAGGCGGUAUAAGCAAGGUGCAUUUGUAUGACUUGUGGGAUUCAUUUCUGCGCCCCCUGCGAUUGCCACAUCCUUGCAUCAAUGGAUCUACAUUGCUGAGAAGAAUAUAUGGGACAUAUCUAGAGAAGUACGAGAAAGCCAAAGGCCCUCCGAGCAGAGAUGAUGAUAAUGACCUGGACGAGGACCUCAGGACCACAAGGGGAAGAGGCAGGGACCCUCCGAGGACACCAUAUGGAGGUGGCCAGUACUAUUCUGCAUCUGGCGAGCCAAUCCGCACAACGCAAACCCGCGUGGCGGGGCCUUCAGAACGCCUGGCCCUGUCUCUCCUAUCACCCAUGCCUAAUGAGCAGGACUUUGCCGUCAAUGUGUGCACUGUGCUAGCUGCGGACCAUUCUAACAGGAUGCCUUUGGGAUCCACUCCGCAUAUACUGGACUUCUUGCUGGCUCAUGCUGGUGUUUAUAAUCAUGGAAGUCUCCGAGACACAAUAGGCCGUUCCUACUUCGAGGCCCGCGGGCGCUACCCUCACGAAUUCUGGCAGCUUCGCGCCGGCGGCGGCGGCGCCAAAGAACUGGCUGGAACCAAGUUCUCGCAACUUACUGGUGACCAACCUGAACUGAUGGUUCAAGCGUUAGCAGCGCAGAAUACUUUGACGGAUUGUUUGAUGAAUGAGUGCGGGGGAGAGGAGUUGAUCAAGGAGAUAAUGGAAGAGGAACAACAUGAAGACUGGGUUACAGAGCCCUCAGAAGACGAACAGCUGUUCGCUCCCGAGCUCCCAGGCGGUGCUGCCUGCGUAUACACCCAGCGAGUCCUUCAAAUAGCAUCUAUAGUCCGCUCGCUGUCCUUCCAUGAGGAAAAUGUCCAGUUCUUAGCGAAGAAUACUACGCUGAUAAGAUUUCUGCUGUUGUGUGCGAACUGCUGGGUUGGAAGCCUUCGGCAGUCGGGGUUGGAUGCGCUUGGGAAUAUCUCUACUGAGCUUAUUAUAAAGGACCCGGCAACCUGUCUCAUCUCUCGCCACAUCCUCUCCACAAUCCAAUCGGCACUGGUCUCAAACGAUCGUGCUAGAGUGCUGGCAGCUUUGGAGUUGCUCAACAAACUAGCUCAGAAUGAGGCAAAUGAGGAUGCUUUACUCAGAUCUUUAGAGGCUAAGGUGUACCACGACGUUUGCUCUUUGCUAACCCUUCGCGACAUCAUGGUGCUAGUAUGCACGCUGGAGUGCGUUUACGCGCUGACGUCGCUCGGCGACCGCGCGGGCGAGUGCGUGGCGCGCGUGCCUGGUCUCGUCGCGACGCUCGUCUCGCUCGUCACCGUCGAGGCACAAAGUUACGGGCCCCGAGCUUGCAUCCUGAUGCGUGUGGUGGAAACGGUGAGCGGGCCGAGUGCAGUGGCCGCCGCGGAACGCGAGCAGGAGCGUCACAACCCGCCCCAGCAGCUCCAGGCGGUGCCCAUGCCUUCAACGCCGACGAAGGCAGUAGAAGUCCCGGCGCAAGCGCAAUCGCCGCAGCCCGCCGUGCCGGCCAACAGUAUACAACACUCACACAUGCAACAGAGAACAGUCCAGGAAAACGAGCACUUCGCUCAAGCGUGGCUUCGCAACACAUACGAGGCGCUACCAGUAGGUGACAACAGCACUUGUGACGCGCCAGAACUGUACCGUCAGUACCUCGCCUGCUGCGCCAAAAUGAACAGGAAGGGGCUCAUCGCGCCCGCCAACCUGUCGCGACUUGUCAGGACCGUCUUCGGUGGCACUGUGGGCCCUAACACGAUCACGCUGCCGUCGGGCGAAACACAGCAGGUCUACAUCGGUAUUCGGGCCAAGAACCCUCAGAACAGAAAUCCACCAGCAGGACCCGCAUCACCAAUAUUGAAAGCGCAGCUGACGAAUAAGACGGCGACAGUCGAAGUCAAGCCUGCCGUAUCGCAACCACAGGCCGCAUCCCAACCGCAGCACCCGCACCUAUCCCACGCGUUAGAAGCGAACGCGACCAACACAACUCUAAUAAAGCACCUGCUCGCCAAUAAAGUAAGCCCCGCCCUACAAACGCAGCAAGUAGCGCAAAGGCAAAACCAGCAGAGAAGUGGCGCUACUGUCGUGGUGCAGGCUAACCAAUCGGCAAUGGACGUAGAUCCUGAGGCGCUGAUAAAAUGUACGACAAUUACUCCAGGAGGAAUCGCCAGUAGCACACCUAACAUUCAAGGGGAUAAGGUGCUGAUUAAAACUGAAGACAAUACAGCUAUUAAAGAUGAACCGAUACAAAUACAGAUUGAUGACCAGGCCCAACUGACUUUAAAGUCAGCGCAAAACAAAAUGCUAGCGGACCUCCUCGAAAAGAAAUCCAACCCGCCCGUCCAAGUCGUCCAAAUGGGUCCCCACAUGAACGCUCCCACCAUCCAGAUCACAGAAACCGGACAAAUAGUGCAAGUCAAACAGGACCCAGUCAUACAGUACAACGACAAUCUAGUCCAAGGAGGCCAGUACUUCCAAAUUAAGAACGAACAAGGCCAACUAAUUCAAAUAAAGAAUGAACAGGGACAAAUUAUACAGCUGAAGACGGAUCAGCUCCAGAAUCCGAUGAUACAGUUUAAAAAUGACCAGGGACAGGUUAUACAGGGGAGUCAGAUCGUGCAGAGUGUUAUACAGGGGCAGGUGAAGGAGGAAGAAUAUGAACCGGGAAAUAAGAGGUCGAAGGUGGAAACUAAGACGGAGACUCCGCCCCAAGAGAGUGUAUCAAAAACUGCCGCCAAUCUAUACGCCGCGUUGGCUGCCUCCGCUCUUGAAGACGAAGAUGAUUUGCACCGACCCCGAGGAUUAAUUUUAGCAGGAACCCUGCGCCCUAAGGUGCCGGUAAAGCAAGAAUCGGUGGACAUCCAACCCCAAGUCAUGGUCAGCGGCACUGAGCCAACUGGCUCUGUUAUCAUACAGGAACCAAUUUUACAGGUACAACAGCCAACAUUGCAAGUGCAGCAGCCAACGUUACAGGUACAGCAACCAACGCUACAGAUGCAGGGCGGUACGAUACAGAUGCAGCAACCUUUGCAAGUUCAGCAACCGAUGCUGCAAGUGCAGCCAAUGGAUGUACAGAAUAUUCUCACUUCGCAAUCCGGACAGCUAAUUUUGCAAGAGAAAAUAACUUCACCACCUCCGCAGUUCGUUCAACAACCGAUGCAAAUCAUCGCUACUCCAGGGACGUCGCAAGGUCUUAGUUAUAUCACUCAAAAUAUGCCCGGAAAUAUGAUGCAAAAGACUAUUAUUAUAGUACAAGGGCCAACAGGCGGGGGUCCACUUACUUUAACGGUGAACAACCCUGGUGGUCUGGACGAGCAGACGCUAAACAGCCUUAUUGCCCAGGCAACAGAGGCGAUAACCCAACAGCAAAUCAUUCAGAACUCAGGCGUGAUACAAUCCGCCCAGAGGGUGAUAGUGAGUCAGCCGACGUUAGUGAGCACAGCACAGCCUAUCACGGUGGUUAAGACUGCUAUCACGCAGAACGCCCCGCAACUGACAGCGAGCCAGCAACCAAUAAUAACUACGCAACCUCAACCGCAUAAGGCGCAAAUAGUGAACCAACCACUAAUGGUUACCCAGAAGCAACCACCAGCUUUGAUAAGCACGUCGACGAGCAACCAAAUGGUUACCGGUAGCCCUACGAUUAUUCCGGGCAACCAGCAGAUAAUAGUGUCGAGUAACCAGCAGAUUAUUAUGAACGCACCGAUCAAGCAAGGGCAUAGGGUUGUGCAGCAACCGCAAAGGACGCAGGUCGCCAGUGUUACCGUCAACCAGAUGCAGGAGGAUAAAAGUAGUGUGAUUAAGAGUUCUGUUACGAAGCCAGCCACUCAACCACAAGUGCGUCAAGUGAUAACCCGGCAACCAGUGAUGGUCGGCAACACCAAGAUCGGAGAUCGGGAGGUGGUCGUCAACCAACCUGUCACGCCCGAGCCCGUUGCUCCGACAACGCCAAAACCAGCCGCCACGCCGCCACCCACGCCAGUACAAAACCCGCAAGACGACACGCCGUGGAUCUGCCACUGGCGUUAUUGGGAUGUCAGCCCGUUGCAAACGCCAAAACCAGUAUAUGUUUUACACAUAACAAUACUAUCAACGUUCGCGAACGCAUCAGAAGUGUUCGCGCACGCAGCACACACUCACGCUCACGCCGCCGGCGGAGCGAGCGGCGAAACACCUUGUCUCUGGCUCGACUGUGACCGCGUACCGCGUCGGACUUUCGCAUUGCUCAACCAUCUUACAGACAAGCACUGCUCGCCGCAGGCCUUGAAAGCGUUGUUCAACUCGCGCCGUCACGCGGCUGCCGAGUCCGAAGCGAGCAAGCCGGUGGUGCUGGGGUACCCGCCGAACGCGGCGCUGGCGGCCCUGAACAAGCAUGCGGCCGACAUGUUCAACCCUAGGGAGCUUAUGCACCGAGCGGUCAGUCGCACGCCGGAGCAACUGGACGAGAACGAAGGUCCGGUCACCAAGAGUAUUCGGUUGACUGCCGCUCUGAUACUAAGGAAUAUCGUCAUUUACUCCAACACGGGGCGACGCCAACUCAGAUCCUACGAAGCUCACUUAGCAACGAUAGCGCUGAGUAGCGUCGAAGCUUCCCGGACCAUUGCACAAGUACUAUACGAUAUGAACAACAUCUGAGAAUCGUAGCCGGGCUCCGGCCCUCAUUCAUUAUGCUACUAACUAGUAGUUCCUAAAUAGAUCUGUGUAGUACCAUGCCUUAACAGUCACCAAAUGCGUUCAUAAGAAGAACUUAGCGACGACGCUUAGUAGGGUCAAAGCUUUGCGCAAGUUGACAUGAACAACAUCUGAAUCGUAGCCGAGCCUCGGCCCUUUAGUAAUCUCAUUAAGUAGUUUGCUAUCCUUACUGCCAAGUUCUGCCGUCAGAGGCAGCACUAGUACAAAUUGUAAGGCUUCAGUGUCACGCGGACCAAUCGCGCGGAGCGAUCCGCACGACCAAUUUGUAUGAAGUUUAUGUUGUCGUCCGCGCGGACCCGUCCGCUUAACUCUAAGACGCUCCCUGAACUUAAUACGUAUUAUGUACGGUGCCGAUCGCUCCGCGCGGCCAGUCCGCGUGACCUAAAACCAACCCAAAAGGGUCACAUAUUGUUAUGCCUUAUUGACGCUUCAUUUAUGAUUUUUUUUACAGUUUGUAUCUACUAGUGGCGUAAUAAUUCCUAUUGUUGGACAAAAGUAAGACGUCAACUUAUUAUAUGUACUUGUGCAAUGACAUCAACGUUUGACAAUUAUUGACAUUAAUUAUUUAGACGUCAACUUUAAUUUUGGUAAAGCAGUUUGUUAGAACUUCUAUGAAAAUAUAUGAAGUAAUUUUAUAAAUGUAUACAAAUGUAGAAUGUAAUCCCGUUUUCGUUUAGUUUUCAGAAAUCUAUAUACAUAUUAUAUUCAUAAUAUAAUCUAGAAUCUACUUUACAUAAAUUUGCAGAGUAGGUAGGUAGUGCUAUCUGCAAAAUCA